AUGCCGUCGGUUUCGAAAACGGCGGCGAGCGCUUCUCCUCAAACCGAGAAACCAACCCACUAUACAUAUUUGAAGGAGUUCAGGACAGAACAGUGUCCGCUGUUUUUGCAGCACAAAUGCACGCAGCACAGACCCUUUACCUGUUUUCAUUGGCAUUUUCUAAACCAGCGAAGACGGAGACCGAUACGAAGGAGAGAUGGAACUUUUAAUUACAGCCCCGAUGUGUACUGCACAAAGUACGAUGAAACGACUGGCAUAUGCCCAGAUGGAGACGACUGCCCUUACUUGCAUCGGACCACUGGUGAUACAGAACGCAAGUACCACUUACGCUACUAUAAGACUGGUACCUGCAUCCAUGAAACAGACGCCCGGGGGCACUGCGUAAAAAAUGGCCUCCACUGCGCCUUCGCCCACGGCCCCCAUGACCUCCGGCCACCAGUCUACGACAUUAGAGAGAUCCAAGCACAAGAAGCUUUACAGAACGGCCAGUUAGGCUCUGGAGAGGGAAUCCCGGACCUGCAGCCAGGAGUUUUAGCCAGCCAGGCCAUGAUCGAAAAAACUCUUAUUGAGGAUCCACGAUGGCAGGACACAAAUUUUGUUUUGGCCAACUAUAAAACAGAGCAAUGCACCAAGCCCCCUCGUCUAUGCAGACAAGGCUACGCCUGUCCUCAUUACCAUAACAGUCGAGAUAGAAGAAGAAAUCCACGCAAGUUUAAAUACAGGUCAACGCCGUGUCCGAGUGUAAAACACGGUGAUGAAUGGGGAGAGCCAUCCAAGUGUGAAAGUGGAGACACUUGUCAGUAUUGCCACUCACGCACUGAGCAGCAGUUUCACCCAGAGAUCUACAAGUCUACGAAAUGCAAUGACAUGAAGCAAACUGGAUACUGUCCGAGGGGGCCAUUCUGUGCUUUUGCACAUGUAGAAAGAAUUCCUUCUACAGAGGAGACCAUGAGCACACUGCUAACAGCAAUGCAGUCAAGCACCCAGGCUAAGCUAGCCUCUCACCAGUUUUCCGAGUGUCUCGGCAGUGAUUGGAGCAACAACACAAGUUCCAUAAUCAGCGGCAUGACCAACAAUGGCCAAACAACAAGCGUGUCAUGCUCUAAUAGUCCAACUGUAACACCCAGCUCAGGAAGCACCAGUUCAUUGUCCCCAAUUGGACCUCUCGGCAGGCCCAAAAGCUUUACUAAUGGUAGCUUAUGUUCAGAGUCCACCACGUCCAGUGUUUCUUCUCCGACGUCUAACUAUCCCAAAGCUCCGGGCUUUGAGCGGGAGGACCAGGCCAAGAACCAUAAAGGACAGCCCGGAGAUCAUCAAAAGUUUAUGGACCAAGAGAAGCAGAGCCACAGCAGCAUUUUUUCUGUAGUGAAUCCACUGGCCUCCAGCAUAACAUCAAGCAUCACGUCCAGCUUGGCUUCCAGCAUCGGCUCUGAUAGCUCCUCCCCCACAACCUUAUCAACCAUGAAUGCAAAAGCCACCCCUUUCUAUCCUGGGAGCAAUACGGUCGAGUCAGUAAUAGGUUCUGCACUUGACCUGAAUUUUAAUGAUAUCAACGUUGCCUCUCUUGACAAAGAUUUUGAGGACCAAGAAAAUAAUGGUUUUGGUUUAACAAGUCAGAGGUUAUUAGGAGGCUCUGAUCCUGUCAACAUUCCUGGGUCCCUGGCACGGUGUUCCUCUCUGCAUUCCUCUUCCUCUCUGUCCGCCUCCCCACUAAGCUCUUUGUCCCAGUCCCUGUCUCAAUCCUUGCUCAGUGGAAUGGCCCCUCAACAAAGCCAGACGCAGGGCCCAUCCAUAAAAACAGAUCCCAGCCUUCUAGGGACGCCAACGUCUACCCAAAACUCCUUAGGGUUAAAUGGUGGAACUGGCAGCAUAUGGGACUUCAUGAGCGGCAGCCUCUCCCCGAGUCCCUCUCCUGUGUUUAGCAGCCUUAGUUCAAGUAUGGUUGGCUCCAGCAGCGCAGAUCUUGGCAGACUGCUUCGUGAGCUGGACGACGCCAAGCGUAAGAUCAAGCAGUGGGAAGAUGCCUGGCACCAGGUCAAACAGGCAUGUGAGGCGUGGCAGAAAGAUGCCGAAGAGGCAAAAGAGCAGGCCAAGGCGGCUGAAGUAGAGCGUCAGCUGGCCGAGCAGAAGCGCAAGGAUGCCGAGCUCAAGCUCAAAGAACUGCAAGGAGACUUUGACACGAUGUGCCGCUCACCCAGCACACCUCUGCUGCACAGCUACGGAGACCUGGACCAACUCCCACUGCCCAAACUGCACUCUAUCCAGAACCAGCUGCGCUCAGACCUGGAACUUAUAGAUGGGGUAAUAUAUCAGCUUCAGUCAAAGAAAUGUAUAGUUUGCCAAAAGCAUGAUCGUUGUAUUGUCCUGCAGCCGUGCCAACAUUAUGUACUUUGUGAGAACUGUGCGCCGAGCAAAUCAGAAUGUCCUUACUGUAAGACGAAAAUAUUAAAGUGGUGAUGUCCAGCUAUAUAAGGUACUAUUUAAAGAUCUAGCUCUUUGAAGAACUACUAAUACAUACAAAGCUUACAGUUUCUACAUAGCAUUAUUUGCUUCAGUAUUUCGUAUAGUGAUUUAAUUGAUAGAUUUAUCAGAAUUGAAUAAAUGGUGUUUGACUGAUCUAUAUAAAUCAAUACAAGUACUUACUUACAUGCAACACAAGUACUUAAAUGCAAUACAGUUUUGUUUUUCUUUACUAGUCGAUUAUGAAUUUUCUUUAAGCAUUAGUAUUCCCCUGGAGAAUCAAAACUGCAUUUGUGCUCCUUGAUCCCUAGUCUUGAUUUGACUGUUAAUAACAGAAACAUCAGUCAAACAUCAUUACUGCUUUGUAAAGAGAAUUGAUUUCUUGUAUAAAAAGCACUUUGUUGACCUGGAAAUUUGUCAAAUGAUAUUUUAAAAAUGCUUCAAGCUGCUUUUGUAGAUUUUUUUUAUUGUUAAUGUUAUUUUUAAAUUUCCUUUUUGUCCCUGAUAUGCUA